UACAGGAGAAGCUUGACACCGUGCACUUGGAUUCCGCAUCGCGGAACGGGUCAGAACACGGGUGCGCCAGUUUCCCUUUCGGGGCUUGUGAGUUUCCAAAGCCGUGACUCUGGUGGUCCCCAGGGGUAAAUGAUGGGAUCCUCGCCUUCACUGUCUGCCAGGGAAACCCGCAAUCUUUCCGACUUGACCGGCUUUUCUUCAGAGCAAAUUGAAAUCCUCCACAGAAGAUUCUUACACCUAACUGAUGGGAAGUCUACAAUGACAAGUAGCUUUGAUAACAUUCCCGAUUUGGACAAUAAUCCCAUUAAGUCAAGAAUCGUCAAUGCAUUUUUUGAUGGGAGAAACCUGGGCUUACAAUCAAAGGAAAGUGUUGAUGAAAUCACAUUUGAAAACUUUCUGACCACUUUAUCAUUUUUCCAACAUUUGGAUGAUAACCAUCCAAAGGAGGACCUGGAACACUGCAAAACUGAAAAAUUGAAAUUUUUAUUUCGCAUGUACGACACUAAUGGAGAUGGAAAAAUCACCUUGGAAGAAUUAAGAGAGAUUGUAGAUGAACUAUUAUCCAAGAAAUUUACUACAGAGAAAGCUUCCUCAUCAAUUGCAGACUCUGCAAUGUUGGAGGCUGCAAACAUCUGUGUGGGACAAAUGGAACCCAAUGAACAUUAUGAGGGAAUAACCUUUCAGGACUUCCUUCAGAUAAUGCAGGAACUCAAGAUAGAAUCCAAAAUGCAUGUGCGUUUUCUACAGAUGGAUACCACAGCCAUGUGCAAAUAGUAAAAGAAUCAGAACAGGACAAAAAAGCAAACACAUAAUUUGUCUAUGGUGAAUGGAAUGAUGCAAUACAAUUCCAAAGUAACUGUACUCAUCUUAAUUUGUAUAACUUAGUUUUUGUACUUUUAUCCUCAAAGAAAGUUGUUUUAUUUUCCAGAAUUUAGAAACAAUGCAGCUCCAUCUUGAAUCAGAUUUCAGAGCUCUUUUGGGCACAUUGUUCUUUCCUCUAGAUCAGUAAAUGGUGCAAUAGAAGCUACACAAUUUUAAUUAGUUCACACGUAUUUUCCAGGGUUCUAAUUGGAUGGGUCCAAUCUAAAGUUAUUUGGUUCUUUGUUUGCUUGCACACAGUUCCUAAAGGAAUUUAGUGACUUACCCUAUCCUCCCAACUAAAAUAAUCUAUUUCCCAACAAAAUUGAUAGCCCACUGCUCAGUUUAAUAUGCAGAUGAAACAUCGCAGCAAACUAAUAAACUAAUCCUCUAACACUCAGUCAUUCAAAAACAAAAAACAUUCCUUUCAACCAAAUCUGGGCAUUACUGAAAAUUAAUUUUAGCUUGGCUGAAACUAACUUGUUUAACACAAGCUUUAUGGGAAUUGGUGAAUUACCAACAUGCCAAUUAAACCUACUCAUUUCUUGUACAAUAAAAAGUUUUGCUGGACCUGUCCUUUCCCCUCAGGUUCAGUUAUCACCUCUAAGAACCAAAUCUAAACUAUGCUCUAGCAACACACACAAAGUGCUGGAGGAACUCAGCAGGUCAGGCAGCAUCUAUGGAGGGAAAUAAAUAGUCGAUAUUUUGGGUCAAAACCUAAAACGUUGACUGUUUAUUUGCCUCCAAUAGAUGCUGCCUGAUCUGCUGAGUUCCUCCAGCACUUUGUGUGUAUAGCUCCAGAUUCCAGCAUCUGCAAAAUCUCAUGUCUCUGUAUGCUCUCCCUAGACUCUCAUCAGACGCCUAUAAUUUAGUUGCAUGCACCAUGUUCUGUCCUUUGCAACAUUUUAUUUAUAUUUCUCAUCCUCCAUAGAUUUUUUUGUUCUGGUCUCAAGGACACACAACUAACUCCUGAAGGAUUCUGUCUUUCACCCUUGCUACUGAUGCCCAGGAUACUGAUCAAUACCUGUACCUUCAGAAGUUAUUUUGGAAACACUAUGCCACUGUGAACCAACAUUAUGUCACUAUUACACUAUGAAAACAAGCUGCUGAUGAAUAUUUUUCUAGCAGUUUGUACUUGUAUGUUUUACUGUAUUCUUGCUGUUUUAAGUAUCUAAUUAGAAGGUCAAUGCAAUAAAAAAUGCAAAUGAUUCUACCAUAUAAUUAAAACAGUAUUGACUGCAUUUC